GAACAACCUGGCGGCUCCAUUGUUCGCCACGAUUUUGCCUCCUUCUGUCAUGGCUUAAUUCCUCGUUAUCACUAGAUUUUUUUCUUAUCAGCUUAUUUUUCCAAAUAUUACAUUUUAAGCGUGUUUUUUUUAACUGAAUUAGGAAGUUGUGCUUACGUGUACAGCAUCUCUCUGUAAAUUGAUCAAGUUCAAUGGCUCAAUCACUUUGUGAAUUGUUCAACAGCAUGGAAUUUGAUAAGGAAGUCAGUGCAAAGGCAAAGAAAGUCUUCUCUGACGCUCAGGAUGUGGCUGAGUCGAAGACCGGCUUUCGUGGCUACAAACUAACAGCAUUUACUGAUAAAACCUUCGACACUGUCCUCAGUUUGAUCAAAGCUAAUCAAGAUUUAAUUGCCGAACUGGAAGAAUUGGCCCAAGUAUCUCCCAGGAAUGUGACGAAAAAUCAACUCCGGAUGGCUCUCGAGAUUGUUGAAUUCUACGGGAAAUUUUCCUACAGAACUCCUGGGAUUUGCCAGGAAUUUGUCUGGACCAAAAACUUAUCAAUUUUUGAGAUUAUUCUCGAUCUCUUAUCAGCUUUGCAGGCUAGUGAAAUGAUUCACGUUAGGGUGGAUAAUUCCCGGAAUGCCACAUUUCAGUUUCUCUCUGCUGCAUUUACCGUAGAAACAAUCAACGAGGAAGAGAUUGCUCCACUGCAAGAGGACAAGAAACACUUUGGAACUUUAUUUGUCACGGAAUCUAGUGACUUGCAGUCCGCGUCGGAUAUCCUUGCUGAGUCUUUCAGUGACAACACAUCCCCCUGGAGGAUUAGAAAUCUGCUGGUGCAGGAAAAUAUUGAGGAGAAUUUCAUGGAGUUGCUUCAGUCGAAAUUGCAGAAAUAUCAUCCGAUCUUUGUAAACUCGCAGGACUUUCAAGACAGCUUCAGAAGUGCCCUUUCCACUGCCUCGAAAAUGCAUCUGAAGAUAUGCAAUAACCCUGGUGAUGCUGAAGAAGUGAAACCAACGAUUGUCCUGGGGCAGAAUAGAUCCUAUUUUGAUCAACCAGGCAGUGACAUUGCUCCCAUAGUUGUGAUGAAUAUAUUCAGGACAGUUAAGGAAGGAAUUGGUAUGGUGAAUGCCUCAAAUGGAGGAAGUGUCUCGAUUUGGUGUGAAAAGCUCUCUAUUGCCUAUGAGAUUGUCAGCUGCGUCAAGGUUCCAAGUGUCUGGAUUAAUUGCCUGGCUAAGUUUACUCCUGAGAUUCCCUUCUCGUUUGUCUUUGGAGGCCUCACCUACGGAUCCGAGAUUGCAGUUCUGGAGAAGAUGCUCUUCCAAAAGCGUUACGGACGCAAUAAUGCCAUAUCUCCGGAUGAUCUCAAGACUUUUUGCAACUAUCCAUCGACAUCGCUGAUCAUUGGAGGGAAAUAUCACUUUGAGUGUCUAAUGAGUGCCCUUCAAAAUGCCCAUUUGGAAGAAUCCAAUCUCAUUAAAUUGGGAUCUGACGACAUUAAGAAUCGUUUCCGGGAGAUACUCUCUUCGUGCACUCGAGUUAAAUGCCAGAAUCUCGCCAGUGUCUACACUCAGAGGAAGACAAUCGUCUUUCCCUUUGGUGAAACCUUCGCUAACUAAUUCAGUAAAAGUGAGAAAAAUUAUAUAAUAAGAUUUUAUUGCUUUAUCACAAAA